AUGCAACUAAACGAAAAAGAAGAAGAAACGAGGAUCGAAAUUAAAGAAAUUUACGACAUGUUUAAAACAGUUAUGAAGAAAUUGGAGAAACUAGACAACAUUGAGGCAGAUAUGAAGGAAUUCAGAAAAUCAACCGACUACGCACAUGAAGAAAUAGCGGAUCUGAAGAACGCGAACAAAACAAUGAAGGCAGAUCAAGCGAAAGCAGCGGAAAUAAUUGAAAAGCUCGAACGAGACAACAACACGUUGCGCGACAAGGUAAUAGACAUACAGGCAAGAUCGAUGCGCGACAACUUGUUAUUUUUCAAUAUGCCCGAAAGCGAGGGAGAAAACACAACAGAAAUUAUCCACCAUUUAUUGGAGUCAAAGAUGGAAGUUGAAGACGCACGAAAUAAAGUGAAGAUUGAUCGAUCCCAUUGGAUUGGGAAAAAGAAAGCAGGAAAUAACAGACCAAGGCCAAUCGUGGUAAAAUUCAAUUACCACCAAGACAGGGAAUUUGUGCGAAUAAACGCAAAGAAGCUGAAAGGCACAAAAAUCGGCAUAUCAGAGCAGUUUCCGGAAGAAGUCGAGAGCAUUCGAAAAACUCUGUAUCCAGAACUAAAAAAGGCCAAGGCAGAAGGUAAAAAAUCCAAGAUUAUAAGGGAUAAACUUAUCAUCGAAGGGCGAGUUUUUAAUAAUAGCACUAGAUCUUGA